AUGUGUUUUUUUAAUUGUAAUAGAAGAUUAACUAAUAAUCGAUUAUUAAUGAAUCUAAACAGAUAUGAACCAUAUAAUUGCGAAAUGUGUAGGAACUAAAAAAAAUUAAAGAAUCUUCAAUAUUGUGGAAGGUUCUCUAUUCAAUUCGAAAAUCUAUCAGAAUGUCACCCAGAUUUAUCAACUUUAUUGAUCAAUUAAUAAGGAAAAUCCAAUUAUAUUCAUUGUGUGAAAUGCAAAUAAAAUUUUUUUUUAGAUAAAAAAGAUAAUCAUAUAAAUGUUUUCAAAUUCACUUGCAAUCAUUCAUAAAUAAAAUUUAUUAAAUAAUGCAUAUCUUGUAGAUAAUUAAUUAAGAAAAAAUAAUACUAAAAAUGCAAGAAAUGUUAACUAUCACUCUUGUUUUUUAAUAUAAGUAGAUAAGUAAAAUGUCCUCGAUGUGGCAUUAUAUGUUGUGAAUCAUGUAAAAAUGAAAUGUAACUAUUUUCAUAAUAAUUUUGCAAUUGUAAAAUUAUUAAAUAUUCUAAAAAUGUCACAUGCUAUACAUAUUUAGUUUCUGCUAUAAUUUUGAUAAUAAUUUUGGCAUUAAUAGGUUCAUAUUAUUUAGAAAAUUCUGAAUAUUAUUAAUCAAUGGUAUGCACAAUUAAGGAUGGAUAUUCAAAUGUAAAUUGUACAUAAGAAUAACUAUAUAAAGACAGUUUGAAAUAAUUGAUAUUGUUCAUAGGAUUAAUUUUAGUAAUGUGUCUUGUGCCAGCUUUAUUUGAGAGCUUUACCUUGUUAAGAAAAUCUUAACUUCGAUAAUAAAGAGCUAUAAGAAAUAAAUUUAGAUGA